CGGGCCGCGGGGGGCGGUGGCAACAUGGCGGCGGCGGCGGCGGGAGGUUGGCUGAGGAGCCGCGCCAAGCAGCUGCAAAGAAGUGCACCAGCCUACCUGGCUUCUUGGAGGGCUUCUCCACGUGCCUUUAGAUCCUCUAAAUCAGAACUCAGGCCAAAUGUAGCCAGCGAUGGAGCUGUCUGUGCUCCGCUUCAGACGUUCACCGAAGAGGAGACCAUGCUGAAAAACAUGGUGACAAAAUUCGCUCAGGACCGAGUGGCACCUCUGGUGCAGAAAAUGGAUGAGGAGUCGAAGAUGGAAGACUCUGUAAUCCAGGGACUGUUUGAACAAGGGCUGAUGGCUAUUGAGCUUGGGGAAGAGUAUGGAGGAACUGGAGCCUCAUUUUUUUCAACUAUAUUGGUGGUAGAAGAAUUGGCCAAAGUUGAUGCAGCUGUAGCUCUUCUGUGUGAACUCCAAAACACACUAACAAAUAAAUUGUUUAUCACAUAUGGAACAGAAGAACAAAAGAGAAAAUACUUGCCCAGGGUGGGUAGAGACCUGAUAGGCAGCUUCUGUCUUUCGGAGGCCGGCUCUGGCAGCGAUGCUUUUGCUUUGAAGACUCGGGCUGAAAAGAAAGGAGACUACUAUGUCAUCAAUGGCUCCAAGAUGUGGAUUAGCCUAGCAGAACAUGCAGGAGUUUUCUUUGUGAUGGCAAACACAGAUCCAUCAUUAGGAUACAGGGGGAUUACCUGCUUCAUAGUAGAUCGCAACACGGAGGGACUCCAGGUGGGGAAGAAGGAGGACAAGCUUGGAAUCAGAGCAUCUUCUACCUGCCCAGUAACAUUUGAAAAUGUGAAGGUUCCUGCAAGCAAUAUCCUGGGACAGGUUGGCCAAGGCUAUAAGUACGCAAUCGGAAUGCUGAAUACAGGCAGGAUAGGCAUUGCUGCCCAGAUGUUGGGCCUGGCUCAGGGCUGCUUCGACCGCACCGUUCCUUACACGAAGGAGAGAGUCCAGUUUGGGAAGAGCGUAUUUGAUUUCCAGGGGAUGCAGCACCAGAUAGCUCAGGUGGCCACGCAGCUGGAGGCGGCCAGGCUGCUGACCUACAACGCGGCGCGGCUGGUGGAGGCGGGCCAGCCCAUCAUAAAGGAGGCCAGCAUGGCCAAGUACUACGCUGCCGAGGUUGCAACCCUGACAACCAGUAAAUGCAUUGAGUGGAUGGGUGGUGUUGGCUUCACCAAGAAUUACCCCAUAGAAAAGUACUAUCGGGACUGCAAGAUAGGUACAAUCUAUGAAGGAACUUCAAAUAUCCAGCUGAGCACCAUUGCUAAAUGCUUAGCACAGGAGUACUGAAGCCACAAGGACUGCCUUGACUCUUAACACUGCUUUCCUGAACAUUGGUUGUGAAUUGCACCUUUCUUUGUAACUGUAUCAAUCAUAAGGAAGAAUACAUCAUCACAGACAAAGCCAUGAGGGAAGCCACGAGUCCCCCAUGCCAGGAGAGUGAGUGUGGAAUUCCACUUCAAACCCAAGUCAUGGGUUAAAAGUGUCUCGUUCUGCCCCAGCCGUUUCUAAGCUACUACACUGGCUCAAAGCAUUUUGUUGCCUGUACCAAAGGUUUGCCUCCACCUUGAGAUGCCCAAGUGAAGCCAAAUCCUUGGUUUGGCUGAUGUGAAGGGUUCUGGUAAACCAGCUGGGGGCCAAGGCCUCUCCACGUGCAGUGGAAGUGCUGCGUGGCACGGAGCUGCCGUCUGUUCAUUAUGCCCCGUGCUAGCAUGGGGCACAGGAGAGGUCUGUGGAAAGAGACACAAGUGCUGCUUUCCUCUCUCCCAGGUGGAGCCAUGUCUGUGGAGCUGCUGUAAUUGGAGUCAUUUUUAUAGCAGCCCUUAGUGUGUUCUUAAGUAUAUCUUGGUAAUUAAGCCCUUCCAGCCCCAAUUUGUAGUAGUGAAAGGUGGAUAAUAUCUGCCUCCCUUUCCAGCCUUCUCAGCUGUUAAGGGGUUUAAUCUAAAAGCCUAUUUAUAGUUCUCCUUUCAUAAAAGGUUGAGUUGAAAUCUUUGUGAAAUGGGGUUAAAAAAGCUCUGGCAGUUCUGCAAAGAGGCAGAGAGAAGCUGUGUAAUAGGGAUGCUGUGAUGCUGCCUCACAGUGGCCUUGCCACGCUCAGUGCUCUCACCAACUUCAGUCCCUGGAGCCUGGCUGGGUCAGGGGGAGUCUGUUCAUUUGCAGCCUACAAAACUCACUCCUGGGUGCUAGUGGUUCUCUAGUGAACUUUUUCUCCUUUUGAGAGAGAGAAGUGGAGGGAGCUUUUGAGAAGAGUUUGCUUUUUAUCCCUUUCUGUUUACUUUGAAAUGCAACUUUGGGCUGGGACUGAGGUAAUUUCCUUCAUAGCAAUUCGUGAGCUGACACUCCUGAAGCCCACAAACCCACUGCCAUGAGGUGACCCUGAAUUGUGCCAGGUGUUCUGGAGUCCCACAGAACAGCCAAGCUCUUCCUUCUGCUCCUUGUGCUAGAUACUUUAUUUACAGCAGAAACCUCUUCAGGGCUGGAGAACUAAUUAGCUAAGAAUCAGGAGACAGAAGGCUUCAUAUAUGAAACAUCAUUCUAAUUGCUGUAAUUGGCAACUUGCUUCAAGUGGGUUUGGGAGGGCAGGAUCUGGUUUCUGCUUUUGGCUGACUUAGAAGAAUCUGGUUUUUAAAGCUGGCUAGUCACUGAUGAUUCACUUCAAGUGGAGCUGAGAAUGUUGCAGGCUGGGACUGCCAGAGGAUCUCCAGCAAACCC